UAAGCGAAAGAAAAUGCGUAUUCUGUGUUUGCUAUUGACAUUUCUGACUGUUUACGGACAGUCGGACGAAGGCUACGAUCAAUCUUCUAUUUAUUAUACCGAGCCAACUCUUAUCAACGUGAGUAAUAGCAAUGCCAAUGGUGGUUUGUCGGAGUUGCACGGUGGUCAUAUUGUUCGAGGCCAGAGAUUAUUGGAAAGAUCGAAGAGCCCUUAUCUGGUGCGCGAAGAUUUGUUCGUGGAACGCGAGGGCGAGCUAGUGAUAGAACCGGGGGUAGAGAUCCGGUUUGGUCCCAUGAUCGGAAUCACGGUUCGUGGUAUCAUAACUGCAAAGGGCGAACCACAAGCUCCAAUUUUAUUAACCGGGGUAGAAGCGAAUAAUCGAGUUCAUCCUAUCGAACCGCCGCCUUCGAUACGACUGGUGGAUGGACCAACUCCGUACGAAGGUAGAUUGGAACUUUUACAUCGCGGUGACUGGAGAGCUGUCUGCACAAAUUCGCGAAACUGGACAAGAGCUGAUCUGGAAACAGCAUGCAGGCAGCUUGGUUUCCAAGGUGGAAGAUGGUGGUCGUGGAUGGAUAGACAAUGGCCAGGGAAGCCACGAUUGCUUUACGAGCAACCAGGUUGCAGAGGCACCGAGCCCUCUUUAACAAGCUGCGAGAAAUGGUCCGAGAGGCAGCUCGGUGGCGGUGUUUGUGAUUAUCAUCCCGAUCUUGGAAUAUCGUGUUUACCGCGCCACGAUGGAGCCACGAAAGCGAUUAAACAUUGGAGAGGCAUUCGUUUCGAAGAAGCGUUGUACGAUCGACCACUUAUCCAAGAAAAUACGCUCUACGUACGGAGAUCGAAGUCGAUUCUACGGAACGUUGUGAUCGAGCAUGCAGGGACAGGUCGGGAAUAUAAUGUUACGGCAGCGAUCGAUGUCGAGGGUGUUCCACCGCAAAUGGAUUCGAUUUCGGUUAUUCAUGCUGCCUUUACCGGCAUUAAUGUCACUACGCCGGAUAGCCCUGUCAUAAUCAACAACAGUACCAUUCAAAACAACAGAGGAUAUGGAAUUUACGUGAAUAGUUCGUCGGGAAUGGCACGUAUCAAUGAUUGUAGUGUAUUAGAUAACGGAGCCGAUGGAAUCAAAUACGUUCACUUCGACGAACGACCCGAUGACAAGUUAGACCGUACAGAGGUGUUCGAUUUGUGUACAUUUCCAACUACGGCCAGUCAAACAUUUCCUGUUAUAAUAUCUAUGGAACAGAGCAAAUAUGCGUCAAACAUAAAACGUUGCCCACAACACAUCUUUACAAGACCAGGACACGUGUUGACUAUGCACUUUUUGCAAAUGAAGACUGACAGAAAUAACAGUGCUAUGAUAGAGGUAUACGAUGGUAUAGGCGAAGCGGAAAAAUUGCUAGCUAGAGUGAGAGUAAAAAAUGGCACGUUACCUCAGAGUGUGGCUACAACUCGACAAAAUUUGUAUAUAAAAUUCGUAGCCGAACCACGUACGAAUACUAUCGUUUUCGUGCGAUUGUCUUCUGGUUAUAAAAAGACCUACGAUCUGAACGUGACUGGAAGUAUCAUAGCCGGUAACAAUGGAAGGGGAAUCGCGGUGGAGAAAUUACGAUCAGCCUUGCACGUCCACGAAACCUCUGUGUCCAGCAAUAAAUAUCUAGCCGGCGUGCAUGUGUUGGGCGGCGCUGCGGAUGUGAAUAUCACGAGCAGUCGCAUAUCUUUUAAUACGGGAGACGGCGUGAACAUUACCCUUACCGGAGGAAAUCGCAAUGUGUCUCGGACAAGUAUUUCCUCCAAUCAGGGCUACGGUUUUGCAGUGUGGUUGAAUGACAGUUCCACUACCGAAUACGUCUAUUUUAAUCAGACUACCGUAGUCGAAUAUUCGCAGAUAUUUCGCAACAAAGAUAUCGGCAUCCUAGUUGGUAACGCAACUGGCAAUUCGUACGUGAACGUGACGGGUAAUUGGUUCAAUAGUAGUUCUGAGACUGCUGUGCAAAUAGGAUCCAGUUGGAGACACGACGAAGGACUAUUAAAACUUCAAAUUGGCCAUAAUUCUUUCAUACAGAAUACAAAAUUUGGGAUCAAAUUGAGUCCUGCUCUCAAUUUAAAAGCAACGAUAGAAUACAAUUACUUCAGAGAGCAGUCUAGUGGUUGUAUACUAAUCAAGAAUCCUCUCUAUGAGGAAUUUAACAUCUUGCCCGCGGACAUCGUGGUCAGACACAACGAAUUUUACAAUAACCGUGGUGCCUUUGUAGUCAGCAUCGGUCUUUCACCCUAUAGCGAUGUACAGAGAUUAUUGUUCACUAGAAAUUUUUUGCGUGACAAUCGUGUCCGAGAACUGUUCGACAGUAGGAAUACUGUGAGAUCCAGAUUAAUUCCGCGUUCUAGAGUCGCGGCUGUAGUCGUUGUUUCAUCGAGCAACGUCGAGGUUUUCCGUAAUAUUUUACAUAAUCCCGAAUCGCGAUACGAAAUUGGCUCUCAUUUGGAAGAUCAGAGUAAGAUUAUAAAUUGUACUUAUAAUUGGCUUGGAUUUGCCGAAGAGAAUAAGAUAUUCGAAAGAUUAUUCCAUAGAAAAGACAGAUACAAUCUCGCCAAGAUCGAAUACCUGCCGUACUUGUUACAUAGCAGCAAUCCAGGGGCCAACACAAUCAUCUCAAAUCCAACAUUCGUUCCACGAUUCGUUACACCCGGUACAAACUUGGUCGGUGGUGAAGUGGAUGGUCGCGAAUUUUUAAACUCUGGAGAAUACAUCGUUGAGAGGGAUAUCAACGUGCGACCAGGUGGAAAAUUGAUUCUGCACCCUGGGGUCACUUUGCGUUUCCCACCAGCUGUGGGAAUGAUGGUUGCCGGAACGUUAGACGCUCGUGGGAUAAGGCCAAGCGAUAUCCUGUUCACUUUGAAGGAAGAACUUCUUAUGGAUUCGGACAACGAGACUCUUACGAGCCAAGCGUUUAGUGAACUGAAUGAAGUGGAGUCCGUACCUGUGAGGCUUCUUGGAGGAAAGACGAAUCUUGAGGGAAGAUUACAGGUAAAAGUAGGAGAAAAAUGGGGAACAGUAUGCAAUUACGGUUGGACAAUCCGAGACGCGGCUCUAGUAUGUCACCAAUUGGGUCUCACUUUAGAUCCAGAUAAUUGGCUGCUGGAACGUUCACAAAUUCCAAACGCUGGUAUCAACGAAGACAUUAUUUUAAGUAACGUUAGAUGUACGGUGGACGAUAACGAUAUAUCGAAGUGUAAAGCAGAAACAGAGCAGAACUUUGAGAAUUCUUGCACUCACGAGAACGACGUGGGUGUUAGAUGUUCAGAAGCUGCGUGGGCGGGUCUUCGACUGGGACCGUUGGCCCUGAGAAGUGACCUUCAAUUUGUAACGAUAGAAAAAGCAGGACUGCUUGACUACACAACAAAUUCCUUCAAGCCAGCUCUUCAAAUCGAUUUCGCAAGACAUUCAUUGGACAGUGUUAGAAUAAUUGACAAUCUACAAGACGGUCUAGGAAUUUUAUAUUCGGACAUAUACUCGGUGGAUGCUGUAAACACCGUGAAGAACAGCGAUUUCUCGCAAAACGGGGGCAGUGGGAUCAGUUUCAAACAAUUGGGAAUGGAAAUCAUCAAUUCUCGGAUUGAGAACAAUAAAGUCGCGGGGAUAAGGCACAAUCCUGCCCUUUCUGCGGUUCAACAAAGAGAAUUCGCUGGGUGGUUCCUACGUAUGCCAGAUUUAAUUGAUUCGUCGUAUAAUCCAGUAGUCAUACCGUAUAACAUGAGAGACAUUGAACUGUCUAACGAAGAAACUAAAUAUAUGAUAACUGUCAAAGUUACUGGUGAUCCUAUUCGACAACGCAUUGCCAUUAAAUGCACUCCAGGAUACGUUAUCGGUAUUCAACUUUUAAAUCCCAUCGAAAAUCGUAGUACAGAACAGAUCGUUCUACAUGAUUCGCAAUACGUCGAUCCUAGUCGAGAAAGUUGGAACUUGAAACGCGAUUUGGCAAUAUUUCCUGUAACAUCGACCUCUUAUGCUGUGAUUUUGGAAUACGAUAGCGGCACCAACGCACUUGGAGGGGCUGUUGUUGUUCUCACGGCUCUUCAAGCUCCGAUACAGGAUGUACGAAACAAAAUCGUAAGAGGUCCCAUCCCAAAGUUGUUGGUCACCAAGUCCAAAAUCAAGAACAACAAGAGAGGUAUACUCGCGUCAUUUUACAAUCGGUACCUGGAUGAAAUUGGCGAUCAUUUUCUUCGAAAGGCGAACGAAACUAUACAGUUGGUCGCUUGUGAGAUUUCUCACAACCAGGAGCAAGCUAUUUACGUACAUUCGCCUUACUGGAACGUUUACCAGACGAAUAUGUCUGAAAUUGCGAUUCACAUUAACGACAGCUUGAUCACAGACAAUGGUAAAGGAAUAUACCAAUUCAGUCGCGAUGCAAGACAUUCGAAUAAUCUUUUCCAUUGGAUAAUGCAAGAUAGUACGAUCGAAAGGAACAGAAGGGGGGGCUUUGAAGUGAUUUUGCCUGAUGUGUGGCAGUAUAACGAGAAUUUCACGCACACUUUAUAUUUUGAUAACAAUACCUGGCGAAACAACGAGCAGUUUGGCUUUGUGAUCGAUGGCCACUAUGCUACCUUGAAUAUGUCCAAUAAUAGAUUCGAGGGAAAUCAAUGUAAAACUGGUUUGAUAUCCAUUCAAGGAAUGGAGAAAAAAAUGCAGAUUAAUAACAAUUAUAUCGAGAGCAAUACUGGAGGCUAUAUGGUAGAAUUCAAGGCAGACAGCCAAUCAGAAAUUUUGGGAAACGUCGAUGCGCGCUUUUAUAACAACGAAGUCAAGCGAAAUACCUAUGAUCCAGCUAGUAUGGGACCGCGUCGCACAGACGAUAGUCCUAGUUACGUUGUUGGGUUCCAUGGUAUACAGAAAGUACAAAUAAAUAGAAAUUUAUUUGGCGAUAAUUCGUUGGAUUAUGAAUUAUUGGCUGGCAUUAGAACAGCUAAAAUUAACAAUGAAGUUGAUGUAUCGGAGAAUUGGUGGGGAACUGAUAACGAUACUAAAAUCAGACAAAGUAUUUUCGAUUUUGAUGAUUGGAACGAUCACGCAGUUGCCAACUACCGACCUUUCUUAACCAGCGAUUCUUUUGAUUCUUCGGUGUCUGCAUCCUGGCAGAUUGGAAAGGAAAUAGAUCUAGAUAAUUUAGGUGGACGCAUAGUAGAAAAUCUAUCCAUUCAUUCUAGAGACAAGCCUUACGUUGUAAAAUCUGAUAUCACGAUCAUGCCAGAAGCCACAUUGCACGUUUAUCCGGAUGUUGUUAUGGAAUUUGCACCCAACGUUGGGAUUCUUGUUCUUGGUACAUUGAAAGCUGUAGGUGCGCCCGGUCAUGAGAUAAUAAUGAAACCGAUGGAACGCGAAGACGUUGGCGACUCUACGAACGCAAAGUUAAGAAAAAGUGGGAAUAUAAUUUCCGUGUCGGAUGAAACUAUCCGUCUUUGUAAAGAUGGACGAUGUUCGUCCCUGUACAACGAAGGAUUCUUGGAAUUCUUCAAUAGAACAACCUUACAGUGGAUACCCUUGUGCGACACUAGAUUUACUGAAAGAAACGCACAAGUAGCCUGUCGACAGUUGGGCCACGACUCGCUCAAUGUCUAUGUAUCCUAUGAUCGUAGGUACGAACUUCAUCCUGGUUCUUUAAUACGCGUUUGGUCUUGGCCUGAACCAUUGCAGUGUACCGGAAAAGAAGUGAAAUUGGAAGAUUGUCAAAUUAGACUAAACGGCCAAUUAUACGGGCACCGGCACGAAUGCCCAUGGGACAGUCAGUUCGUCUUCAUAAAUUGCGGGAAACGUAAUCUGGACGAUUCGCAUGACUAUUGGGGCGGAAUACGGAUUGCCAACAGCGAAUUCGAGCGUCACUUGUACGAGCAUCGUAUUCACGAUGUUGUGACUCACGAAACAGUAAGACGCGUCGAGUCGGUCUUAAGAUACAUUAAGAUCAUCGGCGCUGGUAUUUUGCAUUUUGAGAAAUCAGCUGCUCUGCAAACGAUUAUGAAAUCUCCGACGAUAACGCACGUUAACAUAACUCGUAGCGCUUAUCACGGCAUUAACGUGAUAUCGCCGACCCAUACAGUCGAAUUAUUAUUCAACGUUAUCGAUAACGUGCUUGGAAAUGGUGUGAAUUUACUGUCAAUAACGGGCGAAGGUCGCGAAGCGGAUGAAAGUUCGUUUACUCCAAUUAAAGAUCUUAGUAUUCCUUAUCAUUUGUUCAGCAUGAUCGAUAUUUGCGAUACUACUAAAGAAAUUACACUGGAGGAACGGGUUAUAGUUUAUUACAAAUACGACAAUCAUCCUGUGAAUUGUGUCAAGAUCUUUCGCAGUGCUUACAGGGCAAAACCUUUUGGUUUUAGGCUUUUGCAAUUUAAUUUGUUUAAUUCUACUGGAAAACCGGGCCGAACUGAUAGCAUUACUUUAUACGAUGGAGACAUUUAUAAUAUCACUGCCAAAAGUAUAGGCCACUUGGAAGCUAAUAGUCUCGAUGAAAAGAAAUUAUUCAGAACUCAGGGACCAAGCCUUAGUAUAAGAUUAUUCGCCAAUGGUGCAAGCAACGUACAUGGAUUUAUUGCAGAAGUUGUUACUCUACCAAUCUCUGCUAUUGGAUUCAAUCGCGAUGUGCAACAUAACAUUUCCUAUUCUGUGAUAACUAAUUGCCGUGAAGGAGCGAUUAGAUAUGCUAGCGCUGGCGAAGUGAAUGCUAUAAUGACCCUUGAACGUAAUCAAUUCACAAAUAAUUGCGAGAAACUGUAUGGCAAUUUUUCAACCUGCAAGUCAGCUGUAUGGUUGGAUGUCCAAAAUACCCAAUCUUUGUACUUUAGAAAUAACGUUGUUCGACAAAACCAAGGCGGUCUAUCGAUUCGAGCCGAUUCUAGAGGCUCUGCGACUUCAUUGGAAGGAUGGAUUCAUAAUAAUCUUUUUGCGGAAAAUUUCAACAAACCUGCUCUAUACGUGGAAGGUCGACAAAGCAGUCCCUAUCAAGAAGUUAUUAUAUUCAGAAACUAUUUUACAAAGAACAAUGCUCUCUACGAUAAUAACAUUGUCCUAAAACAAGUAGUCAGCAAUAUGACUCUGAAUUAUUUGCAUGCCAAUCUUGGUGCGCAUCUGUUGGAAAUCUCUGGAUUCGAAGGAGUUCGUUUACCUAUUUAUCAAAGCACAUCUCACAAUGGUUUCUACAAAAAUUACGCAGUGGACCGUGAUGGCCGUAGCACGAUAGUUGCAGGAACCCCUGGCCAACAAUAUGUGGAUAACGUUUUCUUUAAUCCAGACAACGAUUACGAAAUGCUUACGAUGAAUAGAUCACAACAGUUAGAAAUGUGGAGGUCCCAUAUAGAUGCACGACACAAUUGGUGGGGAUAUAACGAAACCCUAGCUGUUGCUGGUAGAAUCAGAGACAGGGGAGAUUCUCCGGAGCUGUUACAAGUUGACUAUCAACCUUUCCAUAUGAGCAAUCAGUCGGUCUUAAAUGGCAAAUGUCCACCAGCAUGGGAUUUAGUGGGCGAUACAUGCUACAUAUACAUUGGUGCUCCCAUGGACUUUUUUAGCGCUCGAGAUUUCUGUAGAUCCGUGAACGCGUCCAUGCCAUUCAUUAUGGGCAAUUAUCUGGAACUUUGGCAAUUUCUGCGAAAACAACAAGUUGGAUACGAUUAUACUGAUCGUGCCUGGGUACAACAAUUAGAUCGUGUGGAUAAGUGCACCACUUUCAUAUAUCAGACUAUCGAAAUUGAUUACUGUGCUCAGCCAAGUCCUUUCAUUUGUGAAAUUGAUCCUAAAGUAAAUAUCGAUCCGCUAUCUUGGAGAAAAGACAUAGUUGCAGUGGCUGUGUUAGGAGCAGCUGGCGUAGCCCUAGCGUUAUUAACAGCUGCUAUCGCACUCUGGGUAUCCAAGUCAAAAAGGAGGAACCUCGAAAGGCUAGAAAGACGGAAUUCGAUCAGACAGUCUUUGCAUUCUUUGCGAUCGGUCGGCUCCACCUCCGGUUUCACUGAACUUGCGUACAGACGCAAACCUAUCGCGACAAAACAUUCUACAGAUACUUUGAAUUCGAAGUCGCUAGAUUAUAGAAGAAUGUUAAACGGUGGUAGUAUAGAUUCAAUGGACAAAUCUCAAUUAAACUCAUCCAUGGAAGAUAAUCAAAGCUACGAUGUGUACGAAGCACAUAAUCCAAGAUAUUCCCCAAGCACUAGCGAUUUCAAAGGAGCUGUUCAAAAGUACGGCGCUCCACAAAGCGGAGAUAAUCCAGUGUUUGAUUUGACGUAUCGCAACGAAGGUUUUAGAAAUCAUUCCACGUUUGCUUCAAGAACCACCAACGACUGGCCCAUUGAAUCCAUCACAGAAACCACCGCUGAUGAAACUCCAGUUGUCGAUGCUACCAAUGAGAGUUCUUACCUUCAUAAUACCUCUACCCUUCCACUAAAUUCGAGUCUUGCCUUGACUGACUCUAUCAGCGAAUUGAAACGCGACAUCGACGGAUCAGCAUCGUACAGUACAAUGGAUUAUGAUUCGAAGCGCAGUUAUGAUAACGCAACGUUCACGCCCAGUCAGAUAUCAGAGCCUGUACCGGAGUAUGCUCCAAACUUUAAUCCUCCGAUACCGCCUCAUCCUUAUCAUUAUCACGAAGACAGGCCUCGAAGUGAAGCAUUGUUAGAAACUAAUUUGGACACAGGAGAAGAAAAGCCUUUACGUUCGAAAAGCGAAGCCUUGCUAGAGACUAAUUUGGAUGUGUUUUUGGCAAACGAGCCGACAGAAUUAACGCAACUGUCAGCUGGGGCGCGAAGCAAAAGUCAGCCCUUGGAAACGGCAAUGUAAAUCGUUAAUGGGAAGCGAAAUUGCUUCGUUCAUUGAAUUAUGUAGGUAUUGUAAAUGUUAAAAGGAAAUACUGCCAGGAAUGUAUCCACUGGUACAGUAUAAUUUUUAUUACGUGAAACACGGAGAAAGGACCUCUAGCUGGAAACUGAUUAUUAUUAUUCAGCCCACCGAAUUUAAUACUUAAGCUGUUUGAACUCAAGAAGAAAGACACGACAGAACGCUGUCAUUUUUUCGAAGAAAAAUAUUUCGCGUCUGCUCUCUUCUUGUAGCUGAGAUCUCAGUAUUCGGGUGGCUCUUAAUUUAAUAGAUGUUAACGGAUGAAUAAGAAGGAGCUUGUUUUACAUUUUAUACAAGAUGCACUUGCGCACAAUCCCAAGUUGUACCUAAUUACGUAGUACGUAGUAUGUUCACUAAUGUAUUGACUAAAAUGAAACUUUUUACUAUACAUCGUGUACAGAGAGCGAAUGAUACAACGAUAUGAGCGAUAGUUCGCGAUUGGGAUAAUUUAAAGAGUCAUCUACACGCACGUGAAGCGCACAUGUAAAAUAGUUUCUGUAAUACUUCUCUUUAGACAUUGCCGAACAAUCGACUAAUGAAGAUUAUACUAAGAUUGAGAAACGCGACGUAAAAAUGAAAAAUAUGAAAACAUGUCACAAAUGCAUGGUAUUACACUGCCAAACAUGUUGAAGAGAGUAUACUUUAUUAUGUUAGCACGAUGAGAGGAACUCACGUGCCGACGUUGUGAUAGAUAACUCGUCCGAGUGUAAAUUGCGUUUUAGUCUCGUUAAUGUACUGAUGGUUCUUAUCACAUAAGUGAGUUAUACAUUAAGGAAUACUACAUCUAUACAUCUAUACAUUUUUAAUCAACACGAGAAUGAUUUAAUAGAUAUAGUUUUCCUUAUAGUGUAGGUGAUCUCACCAAACGCUUUUGUAAGAAUUUUAUUAAGCAACAGAUUAUCCGUCCGUACGCGUAAGAUCAUUAUAGCCGUGCCUUAUUUGGCCUUAUUAUAUACAUAUAAUAUAUAAAUACAACGGACAUCACACAAAAGAUGUCUUUCACUGAAUCGACUUAAGACACUCCGUUAUUCAUAUUUUUUUAUAUUGUUAAUUGUAAGAGAAUCAUAGAGAUUUUACGUAUAAGAUUUAUCGGUGAAUAGUAGCUCAACAAACAAAGGUGUAUUACGUAACUUUAUUCUUCCAAAGAAGAAAGAUUAAGACAUUAUUUAAGGAAGCAAGAAUAAGCGUCAAUAUACGCGCAAAAUAUUUUUGACGCACUUUUUCAGGAAAUAAUAGCAUGUUCGUUUAAAUUAUAAAAUAUUUGUAAUUUAAUAAUUUGUAUAUCGAAGAUUGGUCACGACAGUACUAAUAAACAAGAUGCAUUCGA